AUGGAGCAGGACAGGCUGCAAAAAUACCCAAAGGCACAAUGCAAGGAGUUUACCUUCCACACUGGCUACGAGGCCCUUGUACAGCGGCUGUUGGAUGGGAGGAAGAUGUGCAAAGAUGUGGAGGAUUUGCUCAAGCAGAGAGCACAAGCAGAAGAGAGAUAUGGGAAAGAGCUGAUUCAAAUUGCCCGAAAAGCAGGAGGACAAACAGAAAUCAACACACUGAAGGCAGCAUUUGAGAGGCUUAAGCAACAAAUCGAAAGUGUUGGAAACUCUCAUAUCCAGCUGGCAGUAAUGCUGAAGGAUGAACUGAAAGGAAUAGAAGAGUUCCGAGAAAGACAGAAGGAGCAAAGAAAAAAGUACGAGUCUGCAAUGGAGCGCAUGCAAAAGAGCAAGUUGUCCCAUUAUAAGAAAACAAUGGAGUCAAAGAAGACCUACGAACAGAAGUGCAAGGAAGCGGAUGAGGCCGAGCAGUCCUUUGAACGGACAAGCGCUUCAGGCAACCAAAAGCAAACAGAAAAGAGUCAGAACAAAGCCAAGCAAUGCAGAGACGCAGCAAAUGAAGCAGAGAACGUGUACAAACAGAACAUUGAGCAGCUGGAUAAGGUCAGGACAGAGUGGGAACAGGAACAUAUCAAAACCUGCGAGGUCUUCCAGCUCCAGGAAUGCGACCGCAUCACCAUUCUCCGCAACUCGCUGUGGGUUCACUGCAACCAGCUCUCCAUGCAGUGUGUGAAGGAUGACGAGCUGUAUGAAGAGGUUCGGGUAAGCUUGGAGAACUGCGUUGUGGAGUCAGACAUAGACUACUUCAUUAAAACUAAAAUGACAGGAACACAGCCUCCAGAUGCAAUAGGAUAUGAGAACUACUACAGCAGAGAACCAAACAGAAGCAACAGCAGCCCAACCCAGUCUUGUGGGAUGAUGAAGAGAUUCUCCGGACUACUGCAUGGAAGCAGCAAAAACAACACGGAAAGUGCCACUCCUUCAGCCCCUCCUCUUGCAGAGAAAACAGACGUAGUCUAUGCAUCUGUUUUUGUAAAUGAACAAGCUGGAAUCACAUCAUCACAGGACUACAGAGUACUUUAUGACUACACAGCCCAGAACGUGGAUGAACUGGACAUCAGUGAAGGAGACAUUGUAGUUGUCAUUGAAGAAAACGAGGAUGGCUGGUGGACGGCAGAAAGGAAUGGGCAGCGAGGCUUUGUGCCAGGGUCUUAUCUCGAAAAGCUUUGA